GUCCUAAAGCACCAGAGAGAAGAGUCUUUGCCGCCUCAGAGGAGAACACCCAACUGACUGACAAUCGGAGAGAGGAGUCUUCGCCGGAGGGAGGAGCAGUUGCCGCUGGAAAGGGAGAGAUUUCCUCGUAUAUAUAUAACAAUCAAAGGCGAAAUAGAGGUUCUUGAUUCCGCCUAGCGCGCAGAAAUAAUGGCUAUCUUCUAUGUUCGGCUUCUUUUCACUGCAUUUCUACUUUCCGUACCUUUGGUCUUGCCGACCUAUGGAUUGACUGAUCCAGUCGACGCCACCGCUCUUCGGAAUCUUUACACGUCUUUGAACUGCCCAUCACAGCUGAAGGGGUGGAACUUGAACGGCGGGGAUCCCUGUGAGGAAUCGUGGACAGGGGUCUCAUGUUCUGGAUCAUCCGUCAUAUUCAUCAAGCUUCAUGGGUUAGGCCUUGGUGGAAAUCUCGGGGAUCAGCUCUCAGGUCUCCUCAAUUUAAAGCAGCUGGAUGUCAGCAACAAUAAACUUCAGGGUGAAAUUCCUUUCAGUUUACCCCCAAAUGCCACACAUAUAAAUUUGGCAUGCAAUAAUUUCAGCCAGUACAUACCGAACUCCUUAACUUCCUUGAAAUACCUACAUCAUCUGAAUCUUAGCCACAAUUCCUUAUCUGGUCCCAUCGGAAAUGUAUUUACUGGUUUGCAGAAUCUAAAAGAAAUGGAUUUAUCCUACAAUUAUUUCACUGAAGAUCUCCCUAGUUCAUUUGGAUCAUUGACAAAUCUUAAUAGGCUAUACUUACAGAAUAACAAGUUUACCGGAUCUGUUAUCCUGUUGGCCAAUCUUCCAUUAACUGACCUUAAUAUACAAAAUAACAACUUCAGUGGUGUUAUUCCAAGGGAAUUCCAAUAUAUACACAAUCUAUGGAUUGGUGAAAAUAUGUUUCGUACGGUAGCCAGUUAUCCUCCCUGGGAUUUUCCUGGGGAUCAGCCUAUUGACCAGAACAUCAGCAUCCCCCCAAGAACACAGUCCAGUGCCAUUGCAAGCUAUCCCUCCCUUAGGGUAGUAAAAAACAGGCAAAAAAGGUUGGGUCCUGGUGGGAUAGCUUUUAUGGUUGGUGGAGUUACUCUUAUUGUAACCUGUGCAGCAUUCAUUAUUGCAGUCCGCAUUAAUCGAUCCCGUUCACGUAUGCAAAAGAUCUUGGAGACAAAUGCUAGCUCAAUACACUCUCUUCCAAUCAGUACCUAUAUAGACUGUUCUCUUGCCACACCAGAAGUGAACUCCCAAAGCACGGUGAGUGGGUCUCCUGCAACGACUGCUCCAAGGCAUUUACCCUCUGUUCGUCACAUUAGAAUUGAAAAUAUCUCUAGAAAAAGUUUCUCAAGAAGCAGAACUCCUGCAACUGCAAAGGCAUACACUGUUGCAGAGAUCCAAUCUGCUACAAACAACUUCAGUGAGGACAACCUUCUUGGAGAGGGUUCUCUAGGUUCUGUUUACAAAGCGGUGUUUCCUGAUGGCCAAACCUUGGCUGUGAAGAGCACAAGGAUGGUGGCACUUUCUCUCCAUGAAGAGGAGCAAGUCCUGGAUGUUAUCUUUAAGGUGGCACGUUUGAGGCAUCCAAAUAUUGUCACACUUGUUGGCUAUUGUGUGGGGGAUGGACAUCAUCAUAUUGUCUAUGAGUAUGUCAAAAACUUCUCACUUCAUGAUGCUUUGCACUGCAAUGCUUACAAACCUUUGCCAUGGAUCUGCCGUGCCAGAAUUGCCCUCGGUAUUGCCCGGGCACUGGACUAUAUCCACCUAUCAUGUUUGCCUCCUUUGGCUCAUAGUAAUUUAAAGGCCACCAACAUUUUGCUUGAUGAUGAGUUUAUUCCUCGUUUAUGUGACUGUGGGCUAGCUACUCUGAGGUCCCUUACUAGCAAUAGUGUUAAACUUAAGGCUUCUGAAAUGGCUAUUAGCUAUGCUGGUUAUAUUGCCCCUGAACAUGGCCGACCUAGUCUGGAUAACACAAAGAGUGAUGUCUAUGCUUUCGGAGUGUUGCUUUUGGAGCUUCUCACAGGAAGGAAACCUUUUGACAGUUCAAAAUCAGCUGAAGAGCAAUUUUUGGUGAAAUGGGCCUCAUCCCAUUUGCAUGACUAUGAGUCUUUGGAAGAGAUGGUUGAUCCAACAAUUAAACUGACUUUCUCCUCCAAGGUUCUAUCCCGGUUUGCUGAUAUUAUCUCUAUCUGUAUUCAGCCCCAACCAGAAUUUAGGCCAUCAAUGUCUGAAAUUGUGGAAUCGCUUAUCUUUCUGAUUCAAAGGACGGACACUGCCCAAAAGAAUGGCGUUGAUAUUGAAGCCUCAGAGAUGUCUUUCAGAACAUCUGAAACCCGCUUCAUGGAAUCUCCAUUUGGCUAUGCUCUCACCUAACCUUCAGAAUUAGAGUUUCAUUCAUCAUAAUCCAUCUGGUUCUUUUCCGUGUAAUUGUAAGUUCAGUUUUGUAUGAGAAAAUACUACACACACAAAAAAAAAAGAAAGAAUUUCUGUUUUCCUUUCCAUUUUCUCUACAGUAGAGCUGUAUCUGAUGAUGUAAAGAAAGAAAGGUUGAGGGAGCUAGAGUAGUCCAAAUAAUGGAAUUUACAUUAUCUUGCACAUUUACAUUUCCAAGUUCCAAUCUAUACCUUGGAUGAAUUGAAACGGAUAUUGUGGUU